AUGGAGGCGACCCAGGAGUCGACUCAGCCAUGUACAGAUCCCCGGCGUAUUGGUCGGAACAACUCUGGUCUGCUUGAGGAAGAUGUUUCAGACAUCAUCUGCAUCUUGCAUCCAACGUCUCUUGCCGCUCAUGAUGCAGUGGCCGCGACUGCUUCUCUUGCGCCUCAGCACAUCUUACAAAAAGAUGAGUUGGAAUACGAAAAUCCGGACACCGCAGCUCUGGAUAUCGCUCUCAGACUAUCCUCCAAUGUCCGUAAUAUAAAUUUAGGCUUUUGCUUUGGGCGCAACAGAAGCCGGUGCGACCUUCUUCUUGCCCCGGACGACAGUGCAAAGCGCAUAUCCAACACGCACUUCCGAAUCCACCUUACUGGUGAUGGAAUUCUGAUGCUUGAGGAUCUCUCGACUAACGGCACCGUUGUAGACGAUUGUCGUCUUCGCAAGAAUCAAAAAGAGAAUAGCCGCAUGUUGACUAAUGGCUCUGUCAUACAAGUGUUGCGCGGCAACAAUGCCUCUGAUGAGGUAAGGUUCGUCGUUCGUAUUCCGUCCCGGGAUGGAUAUGCAAUGCGCUACACUGAGAAUAUGCUUCGUUACCUCGAGCGAGUUCAAAAACAACCAGCAGGUGCCAUGCAGAAGCACCGUCAAGGCUCGGUGCGACCAAGUUUGGAAUGGACAGUAGCCAAUGCGUAUGGAAUGCACUGGACAGGCGGUAACAUGUACAACGUGACUGGUCAAAUCGGAAAAGGAGCGUUUGCAACUGUUUAUAAACUUGCCACAAAACAACACGGUGCCGUGUACGCUGCUAAGGAGCUCGACAAGAGGAGGUUCAUGAAGAACGGGAUUCUUGAUCAGAAGGUCGACAAUGAAAUGAAAAUUAUGAAAGAUCUCAAACAUCCCAACAUCGUGCAAUACAUUGAUCACCAUGAACAUGACAGAUGGAUUUAUAUUAUCAUGGAAUAUGUGCCUGGCGGCGAGCUUUCUACUUAUCUUUCAAUUCAUGGCAAAAUUCCUGAAGACAUGGUCAAAACAUUGGCCCGGCAGCUCCUGCAUGCAUUGCAAUAUCUUCACAAACGCAGGAUUACGCAUCGUGACAUAAAGCCAGAUAACAUCCUGAUCGCUUCGCUUGAACCGUUAAGAGUGAAACUGUCAGACUUUGGAUUGUCGAAAGUCGCUCAAGAGGAGACCUUUUUGAAGACAUUUUGUGGCACUUUGUUGUACUGCGCGCCCGAGGUGUAUCCGGAAUAUGAGAACUACCGACGAGGUGAAAUCAGAAAAAGACGUCGAUUGGGUGAUCCUCCUCCGAAAACGUCCCCUUACGAUCAGUCCGUCGAUAUGUGGUCAUUCGGUGCGGUACUAUUCCAUAUCCUUAGUGGUACACCUCCGUACACGGGUCGAGGCGACGACAGAGGAUCUCAGAUGUUGCGGAAUAUCAUGACUACCGAGCCUGAUUAUGACGUACUGCGUAGAGAAGGUGUAUCGGAGGCCGGUGUCGAUUUUGUUAGGCGCCUCCUGAACCGCGACCCUCAUUCACGGCCGAAGGAAAGUGAAUGCUUUCAACAUCCAUGGAUACGUGAUGUGCCAGAUGUUGACGAGUACGAUGAUAAUGAUAUCCAACCCGCGGACUUCGGGGCCCUAUCUGAUAUCGGUGAAGAUCUGGAGAAUGAGCUUGACGCGUCACAGAUCUCGCUCAAUGACAAUCAAGAACCGGUCAUUACCGGUGACGAAAGCCACGAUUCCAACAACUUGGCACAAUCCAAGAGGCCCAGGAUUGACCAUCUUCCUGCUGACAUUCGCUAUCCAUCACUCCCAAACAUUGAAAGCUUACCAGCUGCUCGGCCAAUUCCUGAAAGUACUCCGAGACGCUUAUUUGGCGAAAUUACCUCUUCUGCCCUGCACAGUUCCAAUGUCUUUGGGGCCAGUAUGAAUGCUUUCGGCGGUGACGACCUUAGCGUUCAUGACUUCGUUUCUUCCACCGGUGAGUCGAUUAUAAGCGACGGCAACAGCCUAAACUCUGUCCUUUCCCUUCCGGAUAAUCCCUUUGCUGGAUCCGCGCCAAGCUUGAUGGGGGCUGAGAAUCUCGUUGGGCAGCUGAACAUGAACUCGUGGCACCCUGGCACUUCGGCACACAGUCCCCCGGCGGCCGCCGAGCUGCCGGCUCUGAAGACUAGCUUGGAUGAAGGAGGCGGUGGAAGUCCUCGCCCGGAAUUCAACAGGGAAACGCACCCAAGUGCUUCGACCCCGAAAGGAGCCAAAUUCAGCCGCCGAAUCGAAUUACCACUUCCCGAUACCGCUAGCGAACGUUCCAGUCGGGAGGUCACCAGGGAAAAUAGCAAAGCCCCCUCUGACAAACCCGAAGCGAGUGCCGGGGAGGUUUUUGACAUUGAAUUGGCGGUCACGAUCGACGCUCGAACAGGUCGACAAAUCUCACAUCCACCCGAGGACAUAGUGAGCGACGCCGCUUCAGCAGCCGUGCGACAUGGGUCGCCCACCGAAAUUCCUCCGACCAUCUCUCUUCAGCGGCAUGAACAGUCUCGUCCGCUUUUAGGAAAGCUUACUACUCUCCCGGGUUCGAUAUUCGACCUCACGAUUCGCCUGGAAGAUCGAAUGACAUCUUGGGGGCGUGGUCCUCUAGCAACCAUCUGCCAUCCUGACCCUAUGGACACGAGGAUUCCUGCAUACGCACUGGAAGUGACUUUCUGGGCGCCGGCUAUUGAGGCUCAGAUUGCAGCAGGGCGCAACUGGCUGGAGGUUCCUGGAGUAAUGGCUAUUCUUUCAACCAAGACUCGCAAGUGCAUCUGGGUCAAUGACACAGAAUUGCGCCGUGGAUCAGAGGGAAGCAGCACUCGGGAGGGGUUUCACUUUGGGAAACUGUACACCGGCGAUAUCAUCACAAUCUACAGACAUCGCAACAAAUUCUUGAAGUUUCGAUGCGAAUUCUACCAUGGAGACAGCGCACGCUCGCGACCAGAAGAGGAAAAGGGCUUCGUAGUGCGGAAGGUGUUGAUGUCUAAGGAGGGCGUGGCUGCCAAUCGACUGCCGGCGCGCAAAGACGACGAUGGGGGAAAGAAACACGGUAUGAAUGUGAAAUGA